AUGAGGGUACGAAACACCAUCAUCGACGCUCUGGGGGUCGUGGUUCUGUCGUCGAGUCUCGUCGCCGCCACUCCCAUCCGGGCCGUCUCUUGGGUCAUUGGCCAGCCAGUCCAGACCACCAGCGGACUCGUCCAGGGACAUGCCGCAUCCACUGCUUCUCAAGUCUCCGAGUACUUGGGCAUCCCGUACGCCCAACCGCCCGUUGGCAACCUGCGCUUCCAGCCUCCUGCCAAGUUUACCGGCUCGUCGACGAUUAACGGCUCUACCUUUGGACACCAAUGUAUGCAGCCAACUGUCAACGCCAGCAUCCCCGACGGCUUCGCCAACCUCGGUGUUCCCACCUCGGCCGUUUCUGUGCUUGGGGUGCUCGCCGACCCUGGCUCUCAAAGCGAGGACUGCCUAACGCUGAAUGUGUGGACCAAGCCGCAGGUGGGCGAGGAGAAGAAGGCCGUGAUGGUUUGGAUUCACGGCGGUGCCUUCAUGUUGGGAAGCUCUCGCGUCCCCGCAACCAACGGACAGUUCAUGACGGACCAAAGCGAUGUCGUCCUGGUGUCCUUGAACUACCGUCUCAAUGUUUUUGGGUUCCCGGGCAACCCCGCCUCGGCCCCGAAUCUCGGCCUUCUUGAUGUCCGAAUGGCUGUACAAUGGGUGCGUGAGAACAUCGACAAGUUUGGCGGCGACGUCAACAGGAUCACCCUCUUCGGGCAGUCUGCCGGGGGUUCCCUGGUCGACUACUACUCGUACGCGUUCGCGUCUGACCCCAUCGCGAACGGCUUCAUCGCCAUGAGCGGCACCGCCAACGGGUUCGGCAUCUUCACCAACCAGUCCGUCAACGCCAAGUGGUUCAGCAUCACCGCCGCCGUCGGCUGCGGCGACGCCCAGACGGACCUCAUGACCGUCAACAACUGCAUGCUCCUCAAGACCCCGGCGGAAAUCGUCAACGGCAUCACGGCGAGCGGCACUGGCGCCCCCGGCGGAACCUUCUUCGCGCCCGUCGUGGACGACACGCUCGUUUUCGCCGACUACAGCGGUCGGGCAUCGGCAAAUGGGGGCUACAUCGUCGGCAACGACGACAACGAGGCCGGCCUGUUCAAGCUCGCGGCCCCGACGUUCAACGAGACGGCCUGGGCCGGGCUCAACCUCGUCUCCUUUGAAUGUCCGGCGGCGAGGAGGGCGACGCGGGCGGCAGCGGCGGGCCAUCCGACAUGGCGGUAUCGUUACUUUGGAAACUUUCCCAACAUGGUUUUGAGCACAACACCGAGCAGCGGAGCCUGGCACACAUCAGAGCUCCCUGUCCUGUUCGACACGACGCCUCAGUCCCCGGUCACCAGCACGCCGCAGGAGACCGAUACGGGCUUCUACUUCCGGGGCGCCUGGGCCGCCUUCGCCAAGAACCCGAACGCCGGUCUUUUGCAGUUCAAUGGCAACGAGACGUGGGCCCCGUACCAGGUCGACGGCAGCAAUGUCAACCGCCUUGCGUUCGAGAACACGACGCGCACGAACCUGGGCUCCGCAGCUACUUUCGACGCGAACUGCGCUGCGGUGGGCGUUCCGGUGGCAGGGUGA